AUGGCAGCCAUAGAGACGGAAAUAAAGCAAAUGUUCAAUAUGGUGUGUGUUCCCUCCAUCGUUAUGCUGGGAGUGGUUUAUGUGGCCUACGUGCUUAUUGGAGGGGUGAUAUUUUGGAAGUUGGAAGGGGAUUUCGGGGAGAAGGACAUCAGGCUUUUGUUGAUGAACAAACAGAAGCUAUUGUCAACAUACACGUGUCUGGAGCUAAAUGGCCUUGAGGAAGUGGCAAAGGUUAUUCAAGAUGCAUCGAAAGUGGGCCUUAGUUUGAAAGGCAACAGCACCACAGACGGAUUCUGGAAAUUUACCAGCUCGGCUGUUUUUGCUGCCACUGUGGUCACAACCAUAGGUUAUGGAAACAUGAGCCCUCGUUCCACCGCUGCUCAGAUCUUCUGUGUGUUCUUUGCCCUUUUUGGCAUCCCUCUCAAUGUGGUGGUGCUCAACAGGGUGGGCAAAUACAUGAUCGUAAUUGAGCGGAAUAUCUCCACAUUUCUUGAAGGACAAACCGGGAGAGCGAGGUGUUCACAUUUCUUCGUCCACCUGGUGUCCUACCUAUCCGGAGCUCUCCUCUUCUUCAUUGUUCCCAUGGUUGUGUUCCAGCUUCAUGAAGGUUGGACUUUCUCACAGGCCAUCUACUACUGCUUCAUCACCCUCAGCACCAUCGGCUUUGGAGAUUUUGUGGCUGACAAUAACCCAGAUAAAGUUUACCCGGAGUGGUACAGCUUUUUCAUUGCCUGCUGGAUAUUCUUUGGCCUGGCCUGGCUGGCGCUUAUCAUCAACCACUCCAGUGACAUCCUGGAAAAACUCAACACGCACCUCAAACAGUGUUGGGGGGGUCACCAGCAAGAGGAACAUGAGAGCAGCGACAAUGACACACAGCUACAACAGGAAGAUAAGGUCAAGCAGCCAUCGUUAACUCACUAA